GCCGAGCCCCCGCCCCCAGCCCGCCCCGCUUGGCUAAUUCGCCCGGGCAGGCUCGGGGCGCUGCGUGAGCGGCUGCGGGGAUCGGGCGAAGACCGCAGCUGGUUUCCUGUUUUGCUUCUGGAAGAUCUUGCUAACGGUCCACUCUUGAUUGCAUUGCUCCCUGUACAACCCCUCUGAUGGCUCCUGCUGCUCUGGCCCCCAGCAAGGGAGGCACGGCUUGCAUGGCCUGGACCAAGGCUUCCUCAUCCCUGUCCUUUGCCCUUCUCUGCUCUAGAACCGUGCACUCCAAUGAGAGAACCAAUCCCAGAGCUUGAAAGGUAAUCUGGGGCUCUCAUCAUGUUUGCCAAAGCAACAAGGAAUUUUCUUAAAGAAGUUGAUUCUGGAGGUGACCUGAUUCCAGUAUCAACCUUGAAUGACUCUGAUAAAUUACAGCUUCUAGGUCUGGUGACCAAAAAAAAGAGACUCUGGUGCUGGCAGAGACCCAAGUACCAGUUUUUAUCUGUCACCCUUGGAGAUGUGCUUACAGGAGACCAGUUUCGGAGUCCAGCGGUUGUGGAGUCGGACUUUGUGAAAUAUGAGGGCAAGUUUCAAAACCAGCUGAGUGGGUCCAUCGAGACGGCACUAGGGAAGGUCAAGCUGAGUAUUGGAGGCAAAGGCCUUGUGGAAAGGCAGUCUUCAUUUGGAACCCUGAGGAAGCAGGAGGUGGAUUUGCAGCAGCUCAUGAGAGAUUCCACUCAUAGAGCAAUAAAUCUGGGAAAUCCUGUGCUGCAGCAGGUGCUGGAGAGGAAGAAUGAAGUCCUGUGCGUCCUGACACAGAAGAUAGUGACCACGCAGCAGUGUGUGAUCUGGGAGCACGUUCAGGUGGAGGAGCAGUGCGGCGGCAUGGUGGGGAUCCAAACAAAGGUGGUGCAGGUGUCAGCAAAGGAGGAUGGGAGUGUCAUCAAGGACACCAACGUGGUGCUGGAGAUCCCGGCUCCCACCACCAUAGCCUACGGCGUCAUCGAAUUGUACGUGAAACUGGAUGGCCAGUUUGAAUUCUGCCUCCUACAAGGGAAGCAUGGUGGCUUUGAGAUUCACAGAAGUGACUAUGUCUUCCUGGACCUUCCGUCCUUUGAAGAGUUUCCAUUUUGGGAAAUGCCAGAUUCUGGACCAGGACCAUCUGCCCUGGAUUGGCCGCUGAAUGUUUUAAAACAAGGGACUCUGCUCUUGGAGAGGGAUUUCCAUCUGUUUUUGGAGCUGCCAGAACAGCAACAGACAGCACUCAGUGACACCCUCCAGGCGGUCCUGUUCGAUGAAGAAUUGCUUGUGGUCCUGGAACAAGUGUGUGAGGACAUAUUAAGUGGCCUGUCACUCCCAAUGGCAAUACUGGGGAAGCUGAAGCCCCCACAGCAGCAGGACCUCAUGGCUUUCCUGUGUCUGGUGGGGUACAGAAUGCAGGGCAAGUGUCCAGGCCCAGAGGAUGCAAUCAGCAACCAGGAGCUCUUUUCUACAGCCUACUUCUUGGUCAGUGCACUAGCAGAAAUGCCAGACAAUGCAGCGGUUCUGCUGGGUGUUUGCUGUAAACUCCAGAUUAUUCCUGCGCUGUGUCACUUGUUUCAUGGUCUCUCGGCUGAUGGAGUAUCUGAUCUUAAAAACCCAAUCUUGGCUCCUCUGAAGGAUCUAGAAAGGUUUGGUGUCGCACAGCGUUUGUUUGCCACAGUCAACGUGAACCUGGAGAGACUGCCGUCAUCCAUAAAAGUUGUCACCGAGGAGGACCCCAACACUGUCCCACGAAUUCUUUAUAUAAGCCUCAGUGGGCUCUGUGCUUUACGCAGAGCACAUUAAUAACAUGUGAAUUAGAAGUACAAGACCAUCAAAGUUAAGAUACUACUGAGUUUAGCUACCAAGAGGCCCAGUAUCUAAGGUAACUCCAGCACCCACAGGGUUGAGAACUCUAAGCUGGUGUUUAGUUAAAACCCUCUUCUACAGCGAGAUAGGUCCAUCUAUCACUUUCUUUCAUAAAGACAGCUGAGUCUAUAGAACAUGUGCUGAUUGAGGAAAUGAACUGUAAAUACCACUACAGUAUACAUAUUCCUCUGCUGAAUAAAAUUAAAAUGAUCUCAUAGCAGGACACCCUUCCUUAGGGGUCUAGCUAUAUACAUUUCAUUUUUGUCAUGCUUUGACUAACAUACCAAUUCUAGGUCUAGAACAAUGCUGAUUUCCUAUGCAUUCUGGAUGUUUGAUUUGUAAAAUACUACAUAUUUUAAUUCUGUCUUGACAUUCUUCUAUAAAAAUGCAUGGAAUGUCUCUUUAGUGCCCCUGAUUCCAUUGCUAAUAUCCACUGGGGACCUGAAAUCCCUUCUUUCCCUUAGUAAAAAGUAGCUAGGACCUCCUGCCAGAGGUCUGACUUUAGGAGCAGGGAGGAUUAGAAGUCGCAGUUGUUGAAGAGAAACAUGUUACCCAGCAUGCAUAUAUAUAUAUAUAUAUAUAUAUAUAUAACCUUGUCAUCUACUUGAAUGUUAAAAUGGAAGAGAUGAAGCAAACAACGCUUUCAUUGCUUCAGUCAAAAAUGAGACUAAAUCUUAGGACGCAUGAGGAAAAAAAUUGCACAUUGUGUGGCAACAACAAAAAAAGCACCGUAGCUACAGCUGUGGCACUAUACAUUGCCUUUCUGGCUUUCUGAAAUAAACUUUUAUAAACAACAAACUGAGGACAGAUUGUGUAAGAAGAAUCUACUUGUAUAAAAAAUAGAUACACAUGUACCACAGUGCAACGGGAGCUUCCUUUAAGAGUCCACAAGAAGCGGCACCUGAGUGGCUCAGUCAGUUAAGCAUCUGACAUCGGCUCAGGUCAUGAUCUCCCGGUUCGUGAGUUCAAGCCCCACGUUGGGCUCUGGGCUGACAGCUCAGAGUCAAGAGCAUGCUUCGGAUUCUGUCUCCCACUGCCUGUCCCUCCGCCAUUUGCACUGUGCCUUUCCAUUGUCUCAAAAAUAAACAUUAAAAAAGCCCACAA